AUGAGAAGGGUGAGAGAGUGUCUGAGGGCGGUGUCUGUUUUCUUUCUGCGUUUCCCCUCACUGUUGGUUCCUGUUUCUCUCCCUCAUCACCGACUAUCCUUCCACCGUCAUCAGUCGUCGGCUAUCCUUUCCUCUGUCAGCGCCGAUCGUCUUUUGUGGUGUGGGAGUCACCGGAUCUUCAACUUGGUCUGCUGCCUUGUUUCCUUUCUGAUCUCUUCUACUUCAUCCUCGAUCCAGCCACCUCUAUCCUUUGCUCUUCAACACGCUGCUGAUGAGAACAGGAUCUCCACUUGCCACUGCUGUGAUGUCCACCCUGAACCACAGUAUUGUGGUGUAAAUCCAAGCAAAAAAACCGUACAUUCUUCUAUAAAACAAGUAUCUAGAAUCAAAACCUUUUCAAAUCUUCAGAAGACAGCUGAGAAUAGAUGCCUAUUAAUCAUACCUCUUGACGUGUCAUUGGAGUUUUACAUCGCAUCCGAACAACAUCUCGAGAUGUUAAACCUUCAUUAUUGA